AUGGCUGUCGGCAAGCGACCAGCUGCCGGCCACGGGACGGAUCAAGAACCAGAAAUAUCCUGCUGCAAGAGGAGGCGCGUCCGCAUCGGCACCACCGCGGCCUUCGAGUUCGAUGACACGCCCUGCCUCGACGAGGGCAGCUUCGGCGCCGUCCUCAAGGCGCGCCACCGCGUCACGGGUAAGACCGUCGCCAUCAAGGUCCUCCGCUCCAACGGCGAUCUUGCCGCCGCCAACAAAGAGAUCCAGGACGAGGCCGGCUUCCUCGAGGCCUGCAGCCCGAACCCUUACGUCGUCGGCUCCCAUGGCCUCUUCCGCGACCCUGAGACCUACAACCUCUGCCUCGCCAUGGACUACGUCGGCCCCAACCUCCACGCUUUCCUGUCCGAGAGGCCGCCGCUGCCAGAGGCCAUAGUGAAAGCCUACAUGUGGCAGCUCCUCACCGGCGCCAACAAGAUGCACGGCAAGGACCGCAUCGUCCACCGAGAUAUCAAGCCGCAAAACAUCCUGGUCGGGGAAGGAGGGAAGAUCCUCAAGUUGUGCGACCUCGGGCUGGCCAUGUCCUUGAAGACCGCGAGGAAGCCUUACGACUAUGCCGGCACCAUGCCCUACAUGGCGCCGGAGAUGCUCCUGGGGAAGCCGGACUACGACGCGGGCGUCGACGUGUGGUCGCUGGGAUGCGUCAUGGCCGAGAUGCUCACCGGCGAGACGCUGUUCAAGGCCGACAAAAAGGACGACAGGACCUCCCAGCUCUCGGCCAUCUUCCGCGUCCUCGGCUUCCCGGACGAGACGACGUGGCCCGAGUUCGCCGCGGCCGAGGUGCCGCGAGUGUUCUACAACGCACAGCAGCACAACACGCUGGGAAACCUCUUCCCCCGGGAGACCUUGUCCCACGACGGGUUCCAAGUCUUGAAAGGGCUUCUCGAGUGCAACCCAGCUAGGCGGCUGACGACGGCCGCCGCGCUCCAGCUCCCGUGGUUCGCGCCCAAGCUCCCCACCCCCACCGACGACGUGUCAAAGUCGUUGCCGCCAGUAAGGAACGUUCUGCGGAUCAAGAUCGUCCCGGCGGGGACACUCAAGAAGAAGAACGUGCUGCGGAUCAAGUUCACUGCGGCGGCGGCACCCAAAAAGAAGAACCUGCGGCGGAUCAAGGUCAUCCCACCGGCGACGCCAGGAACGAAGGAGAGCCUGCUGCAGCGGAUCAAGGUCAUCCCACCGGCGACACCACAGAUGAAGAACGUGCUCAGAAUACCACUUGCGAUGUGGAACAAGGCCAUGUAG